AUUAUGCGACGAUUCCCGGCUUUCUUCCGCUAUAGUUUGGAGGGUAAAAUUAAGCCAUUGGUUGAGUUUUUUCUUGAAUUUGGAGUGCCGAAAGAACAAAUUCUUAUUAUCCUCGCUAAAAGACCUCGAUUAUGUGCACUCAGUCUAUCUAAAAAUAUUAAGCCCACCGUGAAAUUCCUCGAAUCUUUGGGCGUCGACAAAAAACAAUGGGCGAAGGCGAUAUACCGCUUCCCUGCCUUGCUAACUUAUAGCAGGCAGAAAAUUAAUGAAAGUGUAGAUUUUCUCCAUGAAUUAGGCAUCUCAGACGAGAGCAUAGGUAGGAUUUUAACUCGUUUCCCUAAUAUCGUUGGUUGCAGUGUAGAGGACAAUCUCCGACCAACAGCAACGUACUUCCGUUCAUUAGGGGUUGAUGUUGGCGCUCUUCUGUUGAGGUGUCCGCAAAUUAUUGGCCUUAGCAUUGAGGCGAAUAUAAAGCCUGUAACCGAAUUUUUCUUGGAAAAGGGAUAUACCUUGGAAGAAAUUGGGACUAUGAUUUCGAGAUGUGCAAUGUUGUACGCUUACAGCUUGACUGAGACUAUGGUCCCAAAAUGGGAUUAUUUUAUGACUAUGGAUUACCCGAAAUCCGAGCUGGUUAAAUUCCCUUAUUAUUUUGGAUACAGUUUAGAACAAAGGAUUAAACCGAGAUAUGCACGCAUGAAAAGUUCUGGGAGGAGAUUAGCGUUGAAUCGGCUUCUUUCACCGUCAAGCAGCAACUUUGAAAAGGUCUUAAAAAUGAAAAAUAAAGGAAUUGCAGGUUGAUUAGGAUUUUUGUUUAUUGCAGCAAGGUUGUACAACCUGAUAAUGAAAAUUAAAACUUUCAGGCAAUGUUUCAGCAAGGAUUUUGUUUUUUGAUCAAUGGCAUUUCAAGUGAAAAGUUGCAGUUAUACUCGAACAUAGGUCAAUGAUUGUGACCGUCAAUCUAUAGAUUAUGGAUCUGCAGUUCAUGCCGAUGAACUUGCGUUUAAGCUGUUUUGGAGUGAGUUUGAUACAUGCCACCUUCAGCCAAUGUUUAUUUGUUUGCAGGGUUUUUGACACACUCUGGAGUUCUGGUUGCAAGUUACUGUUGUAUGUAUGUUAUUAUUGUGUCGAAUCCAUAUACUAAUUAGAAUCUUUCUUAUGUACUACUUGGUAAAAUAGGUGAUUAGAGGAUACAAUUGAUAACAUAACACCAAAAUUUGGUACUAAGUUAUUGAAAUGAGGCCAUUCUGGCGAUGGAAAACAUCUGUUUCCGCAGCAUUUUCUUCGGCUAAUUGUUCUUAAAUGUAAAGAGCUAAUA